GUACAAAAGCAUUCAGCAUCCAUCAUGAUUUGGGGCGUGCCUCGGAAUCGGUACAUACUGCCGCCAUGAUUCCCCUACUGCAGGCCAUCUCAUUGCUAUCUGCCUGCGCAACACUAACAACGGCACAAGACAACCUCGGCUUGGGCAACGGAAGCAUCGGAUUCCGAUUCGGAAACAUACAAGGUGAAAUCGUCAAAGCCUCACAGACACUUGCGUCGCUCAACUCCACCACGUCUGACUUCGACUUCUUGCCAUUUGAUCUUCUUCCCAGGUUAGCCGCGAAUGGCGUUCAUCAUAUUGGGGAUGUCACUUUCCGAUAUCGCGAGUCCAGCGCUGCACAAUGGAUAAGCGUAGACUCUGCGACAUCGAGAAAGCCAGUUAUUCCAGUCAACAUCUCAGCCUUGGACGUACUCAGCGCAGCGGAUUUAAAAGCCUCGCUUCCGGCCGACCUACCCCUCAAAGUGACCAGAGAAUGGCUGCAGAUCAAGGGAAGCAUCAGUAGUCUCGGAUUGCGCUUCAACAUCACCAACACUGCGGGCUCGGAAAUCGAACUCGGUAGCUUAGGCCUUCCCAUCAGUAUCAACAACAUUUUCACCGGACGUACUGCAGAGAAGACGCAAGAGCUCUGCUCCCUAGCAGAUCCUUACAUUGGACUGGAUGCGGGUUACGUCCGCGUGUCGCAUCUACUAGGAGCCGGCAAUGCCCUCGUGAUUACCCCGCUUGGCGCGACCAGAUUCGAGGCAUGGAGGUUUCUGAAAGAGGCGCAAGGGAAUUUUGGAUACCAGUCGCAAACAUUCGAGGGGAACUAUGAAUGGCAGAUCCAUAGUUCGGCCUAUGCGGAGAAGGAGUGGCGUGGGAGCGAACCAUGGAACACACCAACGUCCAAGGUCUUGAGUGUCGGGGAGACAUACUCCAUCGGUCUGCAAUUCUCGGUUGCAGAGAAUUUACAGGGCAUCGAGGAGACUGUCUCGCAGACAGGGACACCGCUGGCCGUUGGUGUUCCGGGGUACGUGGUGCCCGCUGAUUCAUCUGCGAGGCUCUACCUCAAUCACUCGUCGGCCGUUCAGAGUUUGGAUACGGGCGGCGCAUUCACUGUCACAGUCCCUUCAGCAUCUCGGGACUUCUACCAGCUGUCUCCCGUUGCGUCUACUUGGGGUCGAGCUCGUGUGACGAUCACAUACGAAGAUGGAAAGACGCAGACCGUACAUUACUACAUUACAAAGUCCGCACCAGCUGCUCUCAGCGAUCUGGGAAACUUCUUCACGACCUCCGCAUACUAUACAGAGACUUCCGAUCCCUUUGCGCGCGCACCUUCUGUCAUGGGAUACGACCGCGAAACUAAUAAAAUCGUCGAUCAAGACCCCCGCGUGUGGAUCGCUGGUUUGAGCGAUGAAGGUGGGACAGGUGCUUAUCUUGCGACUGCUAUGAAGCAGUUCGCCCAGCCAAACUCUGAUGAACUUUCCAAAAUCGACGAUUUCGUACACGACACUCUAGUAGGUACGCUCCAACGCGAUGAAUCUUUCGGUGUCUCCGCCAGCGCUUUCUUCUACGAGCCCACAGCCGUGGACUACCCUUACAACCCCGCCUUCGAUUGGAGUACAUGGGCAAGUUGGAACCGUGAGCGCGCAUAUACAACGCGUCGAGCAUAUAAUUACAUCCAUCCCGUCGCCACAUACUGGUCGCUCUACCGCGUAGCGAGGGACUAUCCCGAGCAGGAGCUUCGUUCCUCUUGGGAAUGGUACCUCAACCGCGCAUUCAACACAACGCAGUACUGUCUCUCUGACCACGCAGAAAAUUGCGACUACGGGCUCGUGGGACUCAUGGGCGAAUGGGUCCUUGGCGAACUCCUUCUCGAUCUCCAACGCGAGAACAUGACUGCGCAAGCCUCCACGUUAGAAGAGAGCAUGCGAUACCGCGCAGAACUAUGGGACACCCAAGCCGUGCCGUUUGGAAGCGAAAUGGCAUGGGAUAGUACGGGUCAAGAAGGCGUUUACUUCUGGACGCGCUACUUCAACCUCCCAGAAACAUUCACAAAAGCCCUCAACAGCGUGCUAGCAUACACGCCUACAGUAGCGCAUUGGGGGUGGAACGGCAAUGCGCGACGGUACUGGGAUUUUGUAUACGGUGCGAAGAUCCAGCAGAUUGAGCGGCAGAUUCAUCAUUAUGGAUCCGGGUUGAACUCGUUACCUCUUUUACACGCCUAUGAGCAUGGUCCGACGGGUAAUCUGUAUACCCUGCGCGUCGGGUACGGCGCUAAUACUGCGCCGUUGACGAAUAUCGAUCAAGAUGGGUUUGCAUCUGCCGCUUUUCAUAGUUAUCCCGAGAUGCUGAAAUGGGAUCCGUACUCUGGGGACUACGGGCCUGGGUUCUUGGGUCUGGCACUCGGGCAGACGACCUAUAUCGUCAGUGAUGAGCGAUAUGGGGAUUUGGUCUUCGGCGGGGAUGUCGUGGCAUCGAAUGGGUCUGCGAUAACGGUGACGCCACGUGAUGCAGUGAGAAGACGGGUGUUCAUCGCUGCAGUCGAGCUGAAGAUUGAGAUCAGCGCUGGUGCACUUCAGACCGUUGUCUAUGACAAGCAGGAGCAGAGUGUUUUGCUCGAUAUUGCGGAUGCGGUGGUGGAUGAUGCUCUGAAAGCAAAAAGUACCGUCGUCUGGCUUUCCCGACCUGGACAAGAUGCGAUUGGGUAUCAGGUCAAGGACGGUAAACUUCAGCGAGGAGGAUGGACGGUGGAUCUCCCGGAUGGGAAUGCGGUUGUCAGUAUCGCGAGAACAUGA